AUGCCUGAUCCAAGCCCGGCUUCGGGAAGCAAUAGCCAGCCGUUGUUGUUCUUCGUGGCAUUGGGAUUCGGUGUCGUUUUCACUAAUCUCUGGAUCAUCGUCGGCGUCAAGUACUGCUUUCGCUACAAUCAACGCCAUCGACAACUCCGGAACGAAGAUACAGGCGAGCCAAUCGAUCUCAUGACUGUUCCAAGGACCCGCAGGCGGAGAGAGAAAAAACUCAUGACGAUGGAUGAAGUGAAUAGCCGAUUCCCGCUUGUCAAGUACAAGGCCUGGCGUGCCUCGCGAGCAGACGACGGACUUCCUACCGCUGGAGGAAUUGAACCACCCACAACUGCCAAACCUGCCAGCCUCAAACGGGCAUCCGGAUCCUAUACCGAUAACACCUCCGCUCAGGCCAUUCCAAGCUCUGCCGAGCCUUCCGGCACUAACGAUAGCGAGCAAGCCCCUUUACCCAAAAGUGACCAGGCGGAAAAGGGGGCUGUGCAAGUCACCCCCGAUGCCCAACCAUCAACAGCAAACAGCAAGGAAACUCCUGCACCGCAAAACCCCAAUGCAAGUCGCGUCGCUUCGGACGAUGACGAUGAUCAUGAUGAUCAUGAUGACCCCAUCCAUGCUGCAGUGCCAACCGAUUUACUGGCGAAUCCAGGAGACUCCUGCGCCAUCUGCCUAGAUACCAUCGAGGACGAUGAUGAUGUCCGCGGGUUGACUUGCGGCCAUGCUUUCCAUGCUUCCUGCCUCGACCCUUGGUUGACUAGCCGCCGGGCAUGUUGUCCCCUCUGUAAAGCGGACUACUAUGUUCCGAAACCCCGCCCCGAUGGCGCCGACAACAGCAAUGAACCGGAACGUGGCCGACGAAAUCCAGACCAGCACCCAGCGCCUCCCGAACCUGCAGCGUUCGUUAGCCGCCUGCACCCCUUCACCUCCAGAAUAGGCAUUCCAGGCCGCUUUUUAUCAUCUUCAUCGGCCACUCGACAAACGUCCGGCCAAAGUGGCGAACCUCAACGCCCAUCAAAUAAUGCCGCGGAUCCUCCCGCAAACAACGGCACUGGGAAUGUAUGGAGACCGAGACUUCCACCACUUGCCGGUCAUCGCAUCUUCCUUCCAUCAUUCGACAGAUCGGAGCGCUCCCAAGAAAGGAACACUCCGCCUACUCCCCGCCAACUCGAGUCGGGCGCGAGGUAA